GAAGGAUUUUCCAUUUUAAAAAAUGGAAAAAAAAAAGUUAUUUAAAUGCUAGCAAAUCCAUAGCAUGACCAAAGAACCCAGCACAACCUUGGAGACAAUUCUCCUAAGAGCUGAGCUGUUGAAAGAUGACUGUCAACAUCUGAAAAUGCACAGCUGCCGGGGUUGAAAUACAAACAACAUUUUUAAAGAUCUCCUCUGAGUACCUCCCUUCUGUCUUCUUUGUGGAUGGGAAAUAAGCCCAGCUUUGGUGAAACAGAUUUGCCCUGCUCUCAGCCACGCCAGUUCCCCAUGCUUCUGUGGCUGCUGCUGCUGCUGAUCCUGGCUCCUGGAAGAAAUCAAUCAGGAGUAACUCCAAAAGCUUUCCUUCUCCUCAACCCUCCAUGGUCCACAAACUUCCACAAAGACAAAGUGACUCUCACGUGCAGGGAUUCCCUUUCUCCAGCCCAAGGAGACAUAUAUUGGUAUUAUAAUGAGAAUUUGUUGAAUAAAAAGUCUGAAGAGAUCCAAAUACACAAGACUGGAUAUUACAAAUGCAAGACCCAAAGAUCUUCUCUCAGUGACCCCGUACAUGUGGAUUUUUCAUCUGACAAGCUGAUCCUUCAGGCUCCACACUCUGUCUUUGAAGGAGAUGAGGUUGUUCUCAGAUGCCAGGCAAGAGAAGAAGCAAAAGAAAAAAGAUUUUACAGAAAUGAAACACAAAUUCAACCAAACUUCACUCUACAGUCAGUCUCCAUGAACAAUGACAAAUAUCAUUGUACUGCUCUUGUGAGAGGCUUUUGGACAUGGAAUAAAGAAAUUUCAAAACAUCUAACAAUUCAAGUUCAAGAGCUGUUUUCCCCUCCUAUGCUGAUAGCCAGCCCCUCUGCACCCACAGAGGGGAGCCCGGUGACCCUGAAAUGUGAGACGAGGCUCCCUCCACAGAGGUCACACAUUCAGCUUCAAUUCUGCUUCUUCAGAGAAGACAAGGCUUUGGGGAAAUGCUGGAGCAGCUCUCCAGAGUUCAAAUUACCCACUGUGUGGAGUGAAGAUGCAGAGUCUUACUGGUGCCAGGCAGAGUCAGUGACUCCACCUAUCAGAAAAAGAAGCUUGAGAUCACAGUUAUAUGUGCAGAGAAUCCCUGUGUCUGAUGUAACUCUAGAGAUCCAGCCCCCUGAGGGGCAGCUUACUGAAGGAGAAAAUCUGCUCCUUAUCUGCUCAGUAGCCAAGGGUACAGGGACUGUCACAUUCUCCUGGCACAGAGAGGGCACAGUAAGAAGUUUGGGAAGAAAGACCCAGCGUUCCUUGUCGGCGGUGCUGCAGAUACUCACUGUGAAGGAGAGCGAUGCUGGGAGAUACUACUGUGCAGCUGACAACAUUCACGGUCCCAUCCUCAGUAAAGUGAUCAGAGUCACUCUGAGAAUUCCAGUAUCUCGCCCUGUCUUCACCCUCACAUCUCCUAGGAUGCAGGCUAUGGUGGGGGAUGUGGUGGAGCUUCACUGUGAGUCCCAAAGGGGCUCUCCCCCUAUCUUGUACCGAUUCUAUCAUGAGAAUGUCAUCCUUGGAAGCAGCUCAGUUCCCUCUGGAAGAGCAGUCUUCAAAUUUUCUCUGACUGCAGAACAUUCUGGCAACUACUCCUGUGAGGCUGACAAUAGCCUGGGGGUCCAGCGCAGUGACAGGGUGAUUCUCAGUGUCACAGUUCCAGUGUCUCAUCCUCUCUUCACCUUCAGUCCUGCUGUGCCCCAGGCUGUGGCGGGAGAUGUGUUAGAGCUUCGCUGUGAGGCCCAAAGAGGCUCUCCCCCAAUCCUGUACUGGUUUUAUUACAAGAAUGUCACGCUGGGGAGCAGAGAGGCCCCCUUUGGAGGAGGAGCAUCCUUCAACUUCACUCUGAUGGCAGAGCAUUCCAGAAACUUUUCUUGUGGGGCUGACAAUGGCCUAGGGGUGCAGCACAGUGAGAUGGUGAUACUCAGCAUCAUAGGACCACCCAGUAACAAAACAACCCUUAUCACUGAGGGAGUCACCGCAGGGCUACUGAGCAUCCUUGGCCUUGCUGCUACUGCUGCUCUGGUGCGUCACUUCAGGACCCAGAGGGAUUCAGAUCACUUAUCAUCAGUGUUCCUUUGUUGUUUUUCAGAAAGAUUUUCCACCACCGGAACACCUAGUUACAGUCCCAGGGAGUUUAAGGAACCUUCCAGAACCUCCAACACAAAUCCCCAAGAGCCACCGGACCCAGUGGAACCGCAGCCAGUGUACAACAAUGGGAAUCCUGGAGAUAGCGACCUGGUUUAUUCCGAGAUCUGGAGCACCCAACAUACAAACGAAAAUUCAGCAAAUUCACCAAGGAAACAUUGGGAAGAUAAGGAACCCACAGUCAUCUAUUCAGAUUUGAAGAAGGCAUAUCCAGAUGACUCCACAGGGCAAGCCAGCAUUGGAGAUAGUGACCUUGAAGAUGCUGCAGAAAACUAUGAGAAUGUUCCAUGCACAUUAUCAGCCUUAGACCGCUAGCUCUGUACCCAUAGUGGCUCACAGAGACUCUGUGAAGCAGCCUGUGUCAUUCUCUCGGUUAUCUCCAGCCAUACUUCUUCUUUCCCUCCAGUGCUCAGCAUCCCAAAAGACUGGACAAUGGGGGAUGUGAGACUGUGUGAAAGUUCUGCCAACUUCCUCUGUGCCCAAGUCUGUGUGUUCUCUAGGAACACAGUGAGCAGAAUUUGAGUAAAUUCUGCAAUCUUUUCACAGUAGGGAUACUUGUGAAGGCAAGGCAGGUAGGCCUUCAGCUCCUGGGCCUGUUAAAGAGGAGGGAAGAGCAGUCUAGCCAGGAUCACAAGGAUGCAAUCAUCGAAAGUUGAUCUGAGAGGGAUCAAAAGCUUCUAGGGUACUGUCUCACAUAAACAGUUUGCUUGUUCUAAACAUCUUGUUUCCCUUUCCAAUUUUGUUGAUAGUGUCAUUGAUGAUGUUCUGGUGCACAUGCUUUGUUCCAGCUACCCACUGCAAAUGACCAAAAAGCUUUAUUCUGUCCACCAAUAUACUAUUUCUUCAUGAAAUAUACAUCAGUGUUAAGAUUUUUCAAAAACAACCCAUUCUGUUUAAUGGGCUGCUGCUGCUAAGUCACUUUAGUCCUGUCCAACUCUGUGCAACCCCAUAGACAGCAGCUCACCAGGCUCCUCUGUCCUGGGAUUCUCCAGGCAGGAAUACUGGAGUGGGUUGCCAUUUCCUUCUCCAGUUUAAUGGGCAAGAACUUCCGAACUGUCUGACUAAACAGUAUUAUGGACCAAUUCUAUUCUCUCAAAGUUCAAUGUGACCAUUCUUGGAGAUAGGACCUUUUAGGAGGUAAUUACAGUUAAAUGAGAUUUUAAGGGUGGCCCCUAACUGAAGUGGACAGGUGUCUUUGCAAGAAGAAGAGGAGACAACAGAGCCCUCUCUGUCGUUCUUCAUGCACACAGAGGAAAGGCCAUGUGGAGACAAACAGGAAGGCAGGCAUCUAUAAAGCCAGAGGUGGCAGGAAGACGGAUCUCAGCAGAAGCCAAGUUUGCCAGCACCUUGAUCUUGGGCUUCUAGAACUAUGAUCAAAUAAAUUUUUGAUGUUUAA